AUGGAUUCGAUCGACCUCGUGAGAAGGGACUCGCCAGUCCAGGCUUCCGAAAUGGAAAAGCUACCUCAGUUGGACGCAGAGCUGGCGGACGAAAUGAGGAAGCUAGAACAGAUGUUUUGGAUAGACCAACAGAAGUUGAAAGAGAUUGUCAAGCAAUUCGAAGUAGAGCUGGACGAAGGCCUCAAGGAGAACAACAAGAACAUCCCUAUGAAUAUCACCUGGGUCCUAGGCCAGCCACACGGCGACGAGAAAGGCAGUUUCCUCACAGUCGAUCUGGGUGGAACGAACCUUCGCGUAUGUUGGAUCACACUCCCAGGAGCCCGCGGUCAACCAAGUAUCGUCCAGGAGAAAUAUCAACUUUCGAAAGAAGUCAAAACUGGUACUGCCGACCAACUAUGGGACGAAGUAGCCGAUCGCAUGGCAACCUUCAUCCGAGACAAGAGACUCGAUGAAACAAGCACACAACCUCUACCGCUGGGCUUCACCUUCUCAUACCCAGCCAUGCAAGAUUUCAUCGAUCAUGGCGUACUGCAGACUUGGACCAAAGGAUGGGAUGUCAAAGGCGUCGAAGGUGAAGACGUAACGAUCCAACUCCGCAAAGCAAUGGAAAAGAGGAACCUGCCCGUCAAACUAGUAGCAUUCAUCAACGACACAACAGGAGCGAUGAUAGCAUCCGCCUACCACGACCCCGAAACCAUCGUCGGUGCCAUUUUCGGAACAGGCUGCAAUGCCGCAUACAUGGAAGACAGCGACUGCAUCCCAAAGAUCAAAGGACGACUACCACAAGGCAGCCCCGUAGCGAUCAACUGCGAAUACGGCGCCUUCGACAACAGCCACCGCGUCCUCCCAAUGACAAAAUACGACAAAAUCGUCGACGCAGAAUCACCACGACCGGGCGAACAAGCUUUCGAAAAGACAAGCGCUGGUCUAUACCUAGGCGAAAUCUUCCGUCUCGUACUAGUAGAUCUCGCCAACCGCAAUCUCAUCUUCAAAGGUCAAGAUAUCUCAAGGUUGGAUAAAUCAUAUAUUCUGGACACUGGGUUUCUCUCGGCGGUUGAAGAUGAUCAGUCUCCUCGUCUACAAGACACAGCCGCGUCUUUUGAGGUACACACAGGCAUUUUACUCAACGAUCAAGAACGACAGGUCGUCCGUCGCGUGACUGAGCUCAUCGCCAUUCGUGGUGCUCGUCUUUGCGCUUGUGGUAUCGCUGCCAUUUGCAGCAAGAAAAAGAUCACACAUGGUCAUGUCGCAGCAGAUGGUUCAGUAGCAAACAAGCAUCCCAAAUUCAAGAGGAGGUGGGCGGACGCGCUGGGUGAGAUAUUGGACUGGCAAGACGGUAGGACAGAAGAUCCGAUCGUCUUGACGAGUGCAGAAGAUGGUUCUGGCAUCGGAGCUGCAGUCAUUGUUGCCAUGACUUUGGAAAGAGCGAGCAAGGGUGAGGAUGCUGGAGUUAAGGAAGCUGCAGAUAUUGUUUCACGCUGA